CGUUCACACGCGAUAACGGGGACUAACAUGACAAAAAAGAGGGAAAGGCAUUUUACGACUGCAUUUGACGAGCAGUCGUUUAACUUCUGAAUCUUGAGAGCAAAAAAUUUCCAAUAAAUGGACCGUCGAGAACUAAUAGCGCUGGCCUGCAUGCUGGCAGUGUCAGCAGGCAUGAGCAACAUGGAGCGAGAAGUCUCGCUUGCUGACUACAGUCCUAAGAUAAGGGAGGGUCUCGCAUCUUUGUCCAAUAACUGGGCUGACGGUUGGCAACAGGUACUAGAUCCUGGACCUAAACCAAAAGUCAAAGCUGCGAUAGACCAAGUCAACUUCCUACUCUGGACAAGGUCCAAUCGGAAUGUCGAAUACGUAUUGGAGGCCUUCAACGCCGACAGUUUCGCCGCUUCAAACUUCGAUUCCUCCAAAGAAACCCUUCUGGUAUUCCAUGGUUACAUAUCCAGUGGCAAUGCAUCGUGGAUUUUAGAUGCCAAGAAUGCUUUGCUCGAUAGGGUUGAUGCCAAUUUCAUCUCGGUGGACUGGGGAGAGCUGGCUGCUGGUCCCGACUACGUCGAUGCUGCUGCUGGCGUUUAUGAAACCGCCAAUCUCACCGCGUCUUUGCUGGACUGGAUGGUGGACAAUGUAGGUCUGGACUUCCAGAUGACGGCACUUGCGGGACACAGCCUCGGUGCUCAAUGUGCUGGAAUGGUUGGCAACACCGUCACCAGUGGAAAACUCGAUCGCGUUACUGGUCUGGACCCCGCGUCGCAGCUCUUCGAGGAGGUUGACGAAUCCCAACGCAUCAACCCCAACAGCGCCACAUUCGUCGACAUCAUCCACACCGACGCCUGCUCCCAAGAAGACGGAUGCGCGGGGAUGAUCGAACCAGUUGGCCAAGUCGACUUCUACCCAAACGGCGGAGCUCAUCAGGUUGGCUGCCCACUGGUCAACAGCACCUCAAUUAUAGAUCAUAAGUUGUGUUGCAGUCACUGUCGAUCUUACGAAUACUGGGUAGAGAGCAUACGAGCUCAGGAGCCAACAGACAAGACUUUCUGGGCGAAGCCUUGCUCAGACUGGUCGACCUACGAAGCCGGGCUGUGCAGCUCUUGUGGCAACGGCUGCAUUCAGAUGGGCUACCCGGCUGACAUUUCCGGCGUCAUUAUUGGGGCGGGCAUCGAGUAUUACCUGACAACCAACGCGCAUGCGCCCUUCGCCAAGGGCUUGAACUAGCCAACUUCGCGAAGCAGUUUGGUCUCCACUCCGCGCCAGGGCAAAACAUGCUGGAAAAAUGGUUGUCCCUUUUGAGACUUCUGCCAUAUCUGUAGUCAAAAACAUAAUUAGGAAAAAACAAUAUUUCUUCAAACUACAUAAGAUUAUUACUAAAUCUGACUUCAAACGUAUACUUGACAGAUUUUUUCGAUGCCGCUAUUUUCAUUUGCAAACAUUUUUGAUAUCUUCACUCCUUGCAUGAUUGCUGUAGUAAUUAAUAUAGAAAUAUUCAAUACUUACCUGCAAUACCUUGUUUUUAUUGCAUUUUUAAAUGUUAUGCUACUUGGUAAAAGAAUAAUUGACCACGAGUCGUAAAAUUUUUCAUCAUCAAUCCCUCUGAACCGCAACAACUCCAUCGCAAAUACAAAUUGGAGUUCAUAAGGGUUCACCAAAUUUUAUUAGUUGUGG